AUGGCGGCGCAAGAUGAAGUUGACGUAUGUGAAAGUUGGGAGGAUAUGGACGAAAUUGGCUUAGACCGGAAGAUCAAACUUAUGUCUAGUGUUCCACCGCUGAAAGGUUGCAAGGUUACAAGCGUAAUUGUAGAAGAGAGCGCGUGUAUUGGGUCUCAGUGCGUUAUGCCGGAGCCAGCUAUUCGUAUAUUAAAGCGUCCGUCGUCAUUGGGAAGCGGGCAGCUUAAUGGAGAAAGCCGCGCGCGCCCUGUAAAAACAUUGGAACAAAGGCAGAAAGAGUAUGAGGAGGCUCGUUUAAGGAUACUCGGCGAAGCGCGAAGCCCAGAGGACGUUAUCGAUGAUAAAGUUACAAUUUGUUUCAGCCUCACCCGGCUACAAGAUAAAUUACAAGCAAACAAUCUCAAUGAAAAUCAAAGUGGUGGUAAAAGUAAAAACUGUCACAAUGAUAAUAAUAAGAGCAAAGAGAAAAAAGUCCUUGUAAGGUUACCACCGGGUGCUACUGUAGCUGGUGUCUACCCUUCACCCCCACCACCUGGAGUCCUUGUUAUUAGAACUCCUAGAGGUCCAGAUGGUACCAAAGGUUUUGUGCGGAGGUAGCAGUACAUUUAUGCUAAUAUUAAUAUUAUUAUAAUCCAUCCAAUAAUUUCAUCAUUAUAGUCCAUUGGACUUAUAUGUUUUGGAAGGUAUGAAAAGUGGUUAUGUUAUUUCACAAUUUCUUAACACAACACAUAGUCUUAUUCCUUCUUAUUACUUUAAUAAUACUGUAUUUGUAUCACAUAUUGUGAUUAUAUAAACAAUAUACUGUUAAUACAAUUGAAACUUGCAAUCAUUAAGUUUCUACUUUGCGAGUAAAUAUUCUCAAUAUAAAUGCCAAAGAAGAAAUUGUGAAAUAUACAACUAAUUAUGAGUGCUCAUUUCAGGGAACAAAUUAUAUAUAUUGUAAUGUUACAAUAUUUUAGAUAGACAACAAAUUUAUGAGAUAGACCCACUCAAAGUCAAUCGAAAGAGGUUUGAAUCAAAAUGUAUUAUUAAAAAUUCAUAUUUUAAAAAUUGCCACUCAUUCUUAUGUCAAGGUGUUAGAUUGUUGAAUAAUUCAGUCAUAAUGUUUAUUCAUUAUUUAUACAGUUCAUAAUUAUCGAUAUUACUUUUAAUACUUUAUUACAUUCCACAUAAAAAUUGAAGAAAGUUGCCUCAAGGGAUAGCAUGUGUGGUUUUUAAAUGAGCACAUAACUUUUAUAAAUGAUUACUUUUCUAAUUGAUGAAUCAGAAAAACGAAAUUUAUCUAUGUGUGUGUUGUGAAAGGUAUUUAUUAUGUAUAUACAGUUGUGGUCAUAUAAUUAAGAACGAUUUGAUUUUCCAGAUUUUUUUUAUCUAAAUCAUGUCCUGUGUUGUUAUGUAUUUCUUCUUAAAAGUAACUAGUUACGUUAUGAAAUAGCGACAUGAAUAGAGUGAACGGUAUUAGUAAUAUAGAGUAAAAUCGUUAACAAUUUUUUUUUUUUACAAAUUUUAUUUAUUCUCUAUAGUAACAAAUUCAAAUAGUAAUGCUGCACAAAUAAAUAAGAACGAUUUAUUAAAUUGCUCUGAGAGUUGUUUUAUAUGAAAAUUAGAUUAAAUAAAUCACAAGAAGUGAUUAAAAUAAAAAUUAAUAGUUAGUCGCAAAAAAAGCGGAGAUGGCCUAGUGGUUACAAUGCGUGAAUCUUAACUGAUGAAUGUGGGUUCAAACCCAGGCAAGCAAUAAAAUAUUCUAUUCUCAGCUUAUUAGACCCUUUUAAAAGGAUUUUGUUUUGCCAAACAAAUGAUGUGUCAAUUGUCUCGACUUAAUGACUUUCUCUGUUUAGGUACACGCAAGACAUUUGAAGUAGUUUGAUAUGUGGUAAAAUACUUCACAGUGUGGAAAAUCAUCAUUUUUGAUCAUUGCAGAUGGUAGGCUAUCUUUUUACACGACCAAUUCUUCUCGCGAAGUUUUUUUUUUACUUACCUUAUACAUUUUUCACAACUUUUAUUUUUCCCCAUUGUUUUCAUAUGAAGCAAUCACCUUUAAGACUUUUACAGCACUAGAUGGAGUCAAAUAAUAUUAAUAGUAACCUACAACCACAGAGCCACAGUGUGUUCUCUAUUUAAAUUCAAAUAAAAAAAAAACUAUUCAGUAUUUUUAAUUAUGUGACCAGCCAGUAAGUAUUUUAUUGGUUCAGAUCUAAUCUAUAAAGUUUAUCUAUUUAUUUUUUAGCCAAUCAUGUGUAUGUAUCAAUGAAAAAAUAAAAAAAUUAAACUAAAGGAAUAAUAAUUAUUUUUUUGUGGAAUGUAAUAUGUGAGACAAUACUCAUUUAUAUGUAUAAAUGAAUAUGCAGAAAUCUUGGCCAAGCUUAAUAUUAUUCGAGGCAAAGAAAAAAAAUUAUGGUGUAAGCCUCUUUAUUCAUCAGCUUAAUAACAUACAAUAAUGUUACAUAAAGUACAUAUAAUUACAUAUAAAUAACCUUCUCCUCAAAAAGAGGAGAGGAGGCCUUUAGCCCAGCAGUGGGACAUUCACAGGCUGUUACGGUAAUUAGCGUUGCAGAGGAGUUACUUGAAGAGCCAUUGGUUGCCUUGUUGGACUAGUGGCUAUAUAUGAGGCCACAGACUGAAAUCUUUAGUUCAAACCUCAGCCUGUUAGCUCACAACUGGUUUAAAAAGUUAUUGGGUUUUUCUGCCAUCCCAUUGGAUUAUGAGAGUGAGGAAAUAUUGAGUGCAUCUGUGUUUACCCACACACUUGUGGGCUAAUCAUGCCAGAGAUUACAAGAUUUAUUUUUAAAAAACAUGCUUACUUUAAGAAAUCUCAGUGUUGUUUGCAGUUUAAGAAUUGUCUUACAUUUGAUCUUUCAUUUAAUAUGCCUCUAAUAUCCACUUUAUCAUUAUCAAAAGCCUUUAUAUAAGAAUUUGUGGUAAUUAUCCAUAACUUAUUGUUUUUCAUACCUCUUGCCCUGGAGUUUUUUUGUGCUAAAUGAUACGAAAUCUUUUAUAUCUAGCUUUUUUACAUAAUUAUAAAAUGUUAUAGUGUAAGAAUAAUGUCAUUUGUAUAUUUUAGGCUAUUAUUGUUCUAGUUUAAUGUGUUUACUGCUUUAAAAUUCUGAUAUCAUCGAAAGAAUUAUGUUAAAGAAACAAUAACAUUGAUAUUAAGACUUAUAAAGUUUCAAAGUAAAUCUAAUGUGGGGUGCUUUACGUCCCUAGAGCAGGUGUCAACAUCUUAAUUCUCAUGGUGCACAAAGCUUUAUCGGAAAUUUUAUAUCUUGUCGUGUCUUUGUAUGACUGAUAUUGUCAUGUAUAUUUGGAGUACACAACUACGACCAUACAGCCUAGUCAUUUGUUUAGUUGUUUUGGGAACAAUAUAAUGAAACUUGUAAGAAAACCUUCUUGGAGACAAUCUUUAAACUAAAUUGAAUAAAGUUUCGAUGUAAUUGCACCGAGUGUGCAAAAUUUCAGCCUGAUUAAUUAGAGGAGACUACGGUACAUCUUGCAAAAUCCAUUGUCUAAAUUUGAAUAAAAUAAAUAAAAGCUUGUAACAUUUCAAAUAAUUUCUUCAUUUCUUGGCAACACUAGUCAUGACAGAUAUAAAUUUUCUUUUAAAGCUUUAUAUAUAAUUCAGUAAUAUUAUUUAGAUUACAGUUAUUAUGUAAAAUUCACAAUGUAUUUUGUUGAUUGAAAAAAAUUACGUUGAUUAUAUUAUCUGUCCUCUUCGUCAAGAAAAAAAAAGCUAUUCUUAACUGUGAUAAACAUUUUGAUGUAAUCUAAAUAAAAUCUGACAUUAAAUUUAGGUUAGCUUACCAUUAUACUUGAGGAUUGUGAUAUAGAAAUAAUCAUCUAUAACAAGCCUUAUUAUCCCAUCUUUUAUUUAAAAAAUAGGUUAAUAAAUAAUAUAAUUUUAAAUAUUUAAAGAUUC